AUGGACAGCAAAGGGGCUCCCAUAAUGGAACGUCAUGGUGCCCAACCACUUGAGAUUCCCCAAGGGCCCGAGAGUUGGGACGCCAAACAACGAGGCCAGUCCGAAUUAGUUCAACUAUACCCUGUGCUUAAGGACUCCCAAAACAUUCAAAACCUCCGCUGUCCUGCCCGGGACACAGCUUCCCAGUUCUCAAGUGGAUGCAAAGCCAUAGUAGACAUUAUUGCUAUCCAUGGCCUUGGAACAACGCAUGCUUCUUACAUAUGGAAGCCAACCAGCGCGGGAGAACCUCGAGGAGCACAUUGGCUUCAAGACCCGGAAAUGCUACCGGCCGCGAUUCCAAAUUCAAGGAUAUUCACCUACGAGUGGAACUCUGGGUUUGAUCAGAACGCGGCCAUGAAGAAUAUGGCAGAGCAUGCCGAUGAGUUGCUCAGACAAUUAUAUAAGUUGAGGACCGCACCCGAUUCAACAGGCCCAGACGGUGAAACUCGGCCUAUUAUCUUUAUUGCUGCUUGUUUUGGAGGGCUGCUAUUGCUUAAAGCGCUCUCUCAGGCUGUAACUAUAGACUACCAGUCUCCAUACUCUUUGAUUCCGCUGCAAACAGCAGGUGCUAUUUUCAUGGGCACACCGUUCUCGGGCAGUCAUACGAUACUGUAUGAAACAUGCAACCUGCGGAUGCGUAUCGGAGAACAUCUCGGGAAAGAUACUUCCAAAUACCUCGUAAGCCUUCUGAAAAGUGACAGCAGCGAAUUGGAGGAGAUAGUACAAGACUUUAGACAAUUAAGUUCGCGGCCCGAGUUCGACUUCCCUAUAUGUUGCGUCUACGAAACAAGAGACGCGGACUACAGUACAUCAAUGGGUAAAGUCAGAAAGAACCUACAGAGGAAAAUGCGGGAACGGAGAGGCUGGAGGUUUGGCAAAAACGACAGAGUGCUUGAUAAGCUGUGGAUGGAGCUACAAGACACAAUGGCUCGUGAUUUAUCCAUGAUGGUUGUAAAUUGCCAAUCAGCCACCCUUCCUGGGCACGAGAAACUCGCUCUUGACGUUAAGCACGGCAAUUUGAUACGAUUUCCCGGGGCAGAUGAUCCGUCUUUCAGAAAAAUUGCAGACCUCGUGAAGAGGAUGGCCGGGGAAGCUUCCGAAGUCCUGCGCCGAAAACAAAACUAG